AUAAAGCAGGAGCGAUUUAGUUAGUUCUCAGUCUUCUUCAAGCCUCUGUUCCCUUUCACCCCUGAUCGACAGUCUGUAGUACGUUUUGCUAGCCUUAUACAAAGCUUUUUUUUUUCUUUUUAUAUAUAAUUCAUUUGAAUCAGCUCCAACGUUCUUUUGCAAAUAUAUCCCCAUUGCAGGUUCUCAAAAGAAAUCAAAUUAGAGAUAUCAAAAAAAAAAAAAAGUUGCAAAAGAUGGUGCGAACUUCCACAUACGCAAUCGCCCUGCUGGGCAGCGUCGUGGCCAUGACGGCAGCGCAAAAGACCCAGGAGGAGCUGGACAAGGACAACGUCGUCACCACCUGCGUCAACAAGUGCUUCUACAAGAGCUUCGUGCCCGGCUCGUGCACAAACGAUCCGGCAUGCCACUGCAACCAGGAGAAGAUGCGCAACGACAUGUAUUGCUGCGAGGCCAAGGAGUGCUCAAACAUCAACGAGGUCGCGACACAACAUGUCCUCGACCACAUCGAGAGGAUAUGGGAGUCCUGCGGGCCGUUUGAGCACAACAGACCGUUUGACAAGCCCAGCGUGGCCGAUGUAGAGAAGAUGUGCGGUGUGAGCCUCAAGGUGUCGUCAUCGUCAUCGUCAUCGUCAUCAUCUUCCUCGUCGGCCUCGUCCACGGCUGCUCCGACGGGCAGCUCUACUAGCACUUCUUCGUCAUCAGGCACGGCGGCCGCCCAGACGACCGGCACGUCCGCUCCGGCCGGUGCUGCUACCACGAGCGCCUCGUCUCCGGCCUCGACCGGAGCCGCCAGCGCAGUGAGGGGGAACUUGGUGCUGCCUGGAUUGGCAGCCCUUGUGGCGGGAUCGGGCCUCGCUCUUUGGUGAGGAAUAACCUGGACUGGGUUGUGGUGAGCCUUGGUCUGGAAGGGAAGAAAAAAGAAACAUGAUAAACCUUGAAACGCUCUCCUCGCGUCAAACACUACGAUGGCUUGGCUGUUCUCAAAACCCUCUUCGACGAGUGACGAUCGAUAUACACGGCGAUUUGGUUGGAUAUGAACAUCGUAAUGGGGACGCAAUGCAUAUAGUAUUAACUUUUAAUGUAAUUUUUUGGAGCCGAGUUAUAUAUAUUCACUCUUUUGGUGAAA